AUGUUGACAACACCUCCCCCACCGAAGGCAAUAUGGGGGACUGUUAUUGUUCUCCUGGUACUCGACAUAAUUGCUGUCAUUCUACGAUUCGCCGCACGACGGCGGCUUAAGCAGAAGCUUCAACUAGAUGAUUGGCUUACGGCAACAAGCCUCCUGCUAGUUUUCGGUUGCGCUUCUAUAAUGCUCUAUGGUCUGGCAACCAAAACGCUAGGGUAUCCUACCCCCGUUGCCUCUGAGCUUCAAACCCGGUCUGCGCUCGAUGCUAGCAACUGGACAAUAGAGACAAGUAGAAAGCUCGAGUACUCCUUCCUCUGCAUAGUCGCCCCCUUACUCGGCGCUAUCAAACUCAGCGUCCUAUUCUUCUACCGGCGCCUCUUCGUCGUUGACAAGCACUACAAAAACUCUCGCAACAUCAUCACCGUUGCCAUGAUCACCAUUAUCGCCUUAUGGGCAACCGGGUCAUGUUUUGUCUUCAUGUUCAUGUGUGGAGUACACUUCGAGGCAAUAUAUUCUAGUGUAGAUGAUGUGGCCACAGAGGGAAUGUGUAUUAACGGAUUAGACGUGGGAUAUGCGUUUGCGAUUGGAGAUUUCGUUACCGAUGCAAUUACGAUUUUGAUUCCGAUACCUUUUGUUUGGAAACUUCAUUUGUCAUGGGGACGGAAAAUUGCGGUUAUGGGGGUGUUCCUCCUUGGUAUUCUACAGAUUGGAUACGACCCCUCCUUUGACGAAGAACCUAACCCAAAUCUCCCGAAAGUCCUCCUCACAAACGAGGUAUAUUACCUCACUCUCGAAGCCACCAUCGCAAUCAUCGCAUGUUGCCUCCCAACCCUGCGGUCAUUAUUCACACAGCGUUCCGUGGACAGCGUGGUGCGGGGAGUCCGAAGUUUGUUCUCACUUCGAUCAGGCUCGUUCCCAAGCUCUCGGAGCGACGAUGACAGUCAACUGGCUCAGCAUAACGAGACUAGCUAUGACAAAAUGAGUAAUUCAGCUAAAGAAGGUCUUUCCGUUAGCGGAGGGUCGGUUGCAUCAAACAGGCCUUGGACAGGAAUUUGA